AUGUCGUCGUCGAACGUGCAGGAGGUGUACCACGUGGUUUCGCACCGCCCGAUUUACUUUUGGUCCGCCAACGACGUCGAUCAAUGGAUGCGCCGGAAGCGACCACGAUUCGCGCUCAAAUACGCGCAUUUCUUCUUGCGGCACAAUAUUACAGGUAUUUUUCUUCAAACUUACACACUUUUAAAGCAGAAAAGCUAACGGAGAGCUGCUAUCCCUAAAAAAAUAUUGGGAGUAUUGCUAUGAGCCCUAAAAAUUCGAGAUUUUAACAUUGUCCGCCAAUUUCCACUCAAAACGGUUUUUUUGCAGGCCGAGUGCUCGUCGACAUGUCCGACGAGGAUCUUCACGAAAUCGGCGUCGAAUCGGACGACGACCGGCAGGAUUUGCUGCUGGAAAUCAAAAAAGAGAAGCUCUACAGCGAUUUGGACGAAUUUUCGAAACUCCGCAAUCCGCCGACCGGUGUUUAG